CUUCAAAGAGCAAAGUGAAGCGAAGUUCCCCAGAAACAUGAUUGGCCUGUGGUUCCUCUCUGUUCUCACUUACGGAUUCAUGGUGCUUGAGGAGGGCAAUUGCUGGACAUACCACUAUUCAGAAAAAAAUAUGACCUAUAAGCUUGCGGAGGAAUGGUGUAGGAAACACUAUACAAAUAUGGUUGCCAUUCAGAAUAAGGAGGAAAUUGUCCAUCUGAAUGCAUUUUUACCCUUCAAUCCAAGUUAUUACUGGAUUGGAAUCAGAAAGAUUGAUAAUGAGUGGACCUGGGUUGGAACAAGAAAACGGCUGACUGAAGAGGCUAAAAACUGGGCUAAGGGUGAACCAAACAACAAAAAGAAUGAUGAGGACUGUGUUGAAAUCUACAUCAAAAGAGAGAAGGAUGCAGGCAAAUGGAAUGAUGAAAGAUGCAGCAAACAGAAGGUUGCCUUGUGCUAUGCAGCUUCCUGUCACCAGUCUUCCUGCAGUGGCCAUGGUGAAUGCCUGGAGACCAUUAACAAUCAUACCUGCCUCUGUGAUGCUGGAUUCUAUGGGCCUGAAUGCCAGCAUGUUGUGACUUGCGACCAAUUAAAAGAACCCGAUCAAGGGACACUGGAGUGCAGCCAUCCACUGCAGAACUACAGCUACAACUCAUCCUGUGAGGUUCAGUGUGCAGAAGGCUAUGAAUCAACUGGGUUUGAACCAGUUUGGUGUACCUCUUCUGGAAACUGGUCUGCACCCAUUCCAGCAUGUAGAGUUGUGCAGUGUGAUGGCUUAAAGGCUCCGGCUCAUGGCUCCGUGACGUGUUCUCCUGCCUCUGGGAACUUUCUGUGGAAUUCAACCUGUGAGUUUGCCUGUGAAGAAGGGUUUGUGUUGAAGGGAUCAGACAGGCUGCAGUGUGGCGCUUCUGGAAGGUGGAAUGGACAGCAGCCGGAAUGUGAAGUUGUGCAGUGUGAUGGCUUAAAGGCUCCGGCUCAUGGCUCCGUGAUGUGUUCUCCUGCCUCUGGGAACUUUCUGUGGAAUUCAACCUGUGAGUUUGCCUGUGAAGAAGGGUUUGUGUUGAAGGGAUCAGACAGGCUGCAGUGCGGUGCUUCUGGAGAGUGGGAUGGACAGCAACCGGAAUGCGAAGUUGUGCAGUGUGAUGGCUUAAAGGCUCCGGCUCACGGCUCCGUGACGUGCUCUCCUGCCUCUGGGAACUUUCUGUGGAAUUCAACCUGUGAGUUUGCCUGUGAAGAAGGGUUUGUGUUGAAGGGAUCAGACAGGCUGCAGUGUGGUGCUUCUGGAAAGUGGAAUGGACAGCAGCCGGAAUGUGAAGUUGUGCAGUGUGAUGGCUUAAAGGCUCCGGCUCAUGGCUCCGUGAUGUGUUCUCCUGCCUCUGGGAACUUUCUGUGGAAUUCAACCUGUGAGUUUGCCUGUGAAGAAGGGUUUGUGUUGAAGGGAUCAGACAGGCUGCAGUGUGGCGCUUCUGGAAGGUGGAAUGGACAGCAGCCGGAAUGUGAAGUUUUGCAGUGUGAUGGCUUAAAGGCUCCGGCUCAUGGCUCCGUGAUGUGCUCUCCUGCCUCUGGGAACUUUCUGUGGAAUUCAACCUGUGAGUUUGCCUGUGAAGAAGGGUUUGUGUUGAAGGGAUCAGACAGGCUGCAGUGCGGUGCUUCUGGAGAGUGGGAUGGACAGCAACCGGAAUGCGAAGUUGUGCAGUGUGAUGGCUUAAAGGCUCCGGCUCACGGCUCCGUGACGUGCUCUCCUGCCUCUGGGAACUUUCUGUGGAAUUCAACCUGUGAGUUUGCCUGUGAAGAAGGGUUUGUGUUGAAGGGAUCAGACAGGCUGCAUUGUGGUGCUUCUGGAAAGUGGAAUGGACAGCAGCCGGAAUGUGAAGUUGUGCAGUGUGAUGGCUUAAAGGCUCCGACUCAUGGCUCCGUGACGUGUUCUCCUGCCUCUGGGAACUUUCUGUGGAAUUCAACCUGUGAGUUUGCCUGUGAAGAAGGGUUUGUGUUGAAGGGAUCAGAUAGGCUGCAGUGCAGUGCUUCUGGAGAGUGGGAUGGACAGCAGCCAGAAUGCGAAGCUGUGACGUGUGAAGCAGUGAACAGGCCUGAAAAUGGCUUUGUGGAGUGUACCGCCCAUCAUCCAGAAUUCACCCACAACUCAGCCUGUGAGUUCCGUUGUGAGGCGGGCUACAGAUUAAGUGGAUCACCCAAGAUUCAGUGCACAGCGCAGGGAGAAUGGUCAGAGCCCUUCCCAAAGUGUGAAGUUACACAGUGUGAAACCCUGAUACUCCCUGAGAAGGGCUCCAUGAAUUGUUCACACCCUCUUGGGGAUUUUGCAUACAGCACAGUUUGCGAGUUUAACUGUACAGGGGGAUGGUUGUUAAAAGGCUCUCACGUACUUCAGUGUGGCGCUGCAGGGAACUGGACUGCAAGUCAGCCGACAUGCGAAGCUCCUCAAGUGCCUGAAGAACUGCUCAGUUACGUCUCUGUUGGAAUAGCAGCCACUGGAGCCUCACUCCUGUCGACAGCAUCAUUCCUCAUAUGGCUUGUAAAGCACCUUCGAAGGAAAGCAAAGAAAUUUACUCCUGCCAGCAGCUGCCAGAGUCUCAAUUCAGAGGGUACCUUCCAAAGCACUGCUCAUCUAAUCUAAUGCCAAGUGACUCUGGAAUUGAAGCUAUUUUCACUGAUGCCUCUGAGCUGCUCAGGAAAUGGAGCUAUGCAGUCCUCAGCAAGCGGCCAGGUGUUGAUGCAUCUUGCUGACAAGAUGAUUAGCCUUGGGUCUUGUACUAAAUACUGAGCUCAGUCAUCUGGUUCUGCCACUGAAGAGAAGCAAGCUGUGGGUAAAACCCUAGCUGUUUACCAAGAGACUACAUGGGUCCCGUCAACGUAUAGCUACAGUGAUUGGGAGAUCUCUAUUCAUUCUCUGGAUGGGGACAAAAUAAGCUGCUAUCUAUGGGAGAGGUUGGACUCCUCUAGGGCCAGUCUGUAGGUACCAGGGUGGAGUGAACACUUUGCAAUAUACACGGCUGGAGAUCUCUCCCAUUGAAACACAUGGGUCGCAAUUUUUAAAGCAAAAUAGUUAGAAUGGGAAAUAUCUGUGGAAUUUCCUUACAAACCAUUGAUUUGGUUCACUGGUAAUUGUUGAAGUAAAUGUGCUGUAACAAUAUGUCACAGUUAAUCGAUCUGUUUGUAACACUAUGGGCAAGGUGUUUUGCUGCAGUUCCCAGGGAGUUUUUAUAUUGUAACGUUAAACCCUUAAACUAUCAGAGUUGGUAAUUAUGCCAGGCACCCUGGUUCGUGAAUGCAGCAAGUAGACCUAAAACAAUUUCAUCCCCAUGGGAUUAAGUAUUGUAAUCUAUAUAAAUAUAUAUUUAGUUUCUUGUGCACUUUCUAUACUGUUUGUAAAUCUUAGAACUGCUGUAGGAUAUCUGCCCUAGAGUUCAGGAUCAUAGAUGUUCUGCAAAAAGUAUGUGACAUCUACUCUGUUCAGAUAAAAUAGCCGGUUGUAUAACGCAAAAGGUAGCGACUACAGGCCUUCUGUGUACUUAUUCCUUUAAAUUUAUUUGUCAUUUAGGGACAGACAUGAUUAAAGGUCUGUAUGUGCAUUCAUGUGUGUCUGAACAUAAGAACAUAACAUAACACUAGAUAGAAGUAAAAUAUCAUGUAUUAGACCUUUGAGGUCUAAUCCUACUCUCAUUAACACUGAUGGCAAAACUCCCGUUAAUUUCAAUGAUUCAGGAAAAGGCCCUUCAUGACUUACAAGUUGUUCUUUGUGACACCUUCGUGAAUAUUGCGUUUGAUAACAUUGCAUACACAAUAGUCCAAUGAAAAGACCUGAGGUCAUAUUUUAGUGGCUGAUGUUUCUGUAAGAAGCAGUUAUGUGCGACUGAAUAUUUGGGGCAGAGCUUCACCUGAUAUAAAUUGUCACAGCUCAAUCAGAGGUACCUUUUAUGGUUUUCAUGUCCGUAUAUUUAAAUAUAAACUGGCAGCAUAAGAAGAUGUUUAUAUAUAAUGAAUAUAAUCUGCUUCGGUUUUAUAUUAUCAGUAUGGUUUUGAAUAAGUUAUGUAUUUAUUGUAUUUAUGAUUACACAGUUGUGGCUGCUUUUAAUCUGGUGUGUGCUGUGCUCUAUGUGAGGUUGAUUAAUAAAAUGGUUUGAGAUUACUGUUUA